AUGGAGAAUUGGAAGAAUAUCCCUCUUUCUAAAGAGGAGGAAGAAGGAGUUGUUGUAGCCGAUGACGAAGUCUGCGGGGAAGAGAUUUUCCAAAGGACCCUUGCUGGGAAACUAUGGACUGAUAGUAGUUUCAACACAAGAGCUUUCACAAGUACCAUGAUAAGCGCCUGGAAGCUCAAGAAUCAAGUGGAGAAACAGGAGUUAAGCAAAAAUCUUUACCUCUUCAGGUUUGCCACGAAGAGGGAUCUGGAGACGGUUUUAAAAAACGGACCUUGGAGUUUUGAUAGGAACCUGCUGGUCUUAGCUCGUAUCUCAGGUGAAAAGCAACUGUCGGCUCUUAACAUGCACUAUGGGUCUUUCUUGGUUCGUAUCUACGAACUACCACUUAUGUUGAGAUCUGAGGCCAUGGCAAGGAAAAUUGGAGGAAUCAUUGGGUCUUUUGAAGAGAUGGAUCAAAAAGAAGCACACAGGAACAGACGCUUUCUAAGGAUCAAAGUUACUAUGGAUCUCCAACUCCCGUUGAAGCGCGGCACUGUCGUGAAGUUCAAAGACAAAUCUCUAAGGGUCCAUUUCAAAUAUGAGCGGCUACCAUCCUUUUGUUUUGUCUGCGGCAGGAUCAGACAUCAACUGAAGGAUUAUGAAGAAUUGGGUGAUUUGAGUGAAGAUGGAUUCGAGGAUAUAGAAGAACAAGACCUGUCUUUUGGCCUGUGGCUCAGAGCAUCACCGCUGCCAAAAGUGAUGGAGGAUCAAAGAAAGGAAUCUAGCUCAGGAAAUUGCACUAGAAGUUCAACAUCUCUUCAAGCCAAAGCAAAUGUGAAUCUAAGGGGAAAGAAAAGGAAUGUGACGCUGAAGUUAACCAGAAAGCGCCUAAGGAAGUGA